GCACAGUCUCUUGGUUGCUCUUCGCAAGAGCCGGUGCGGAGGAGCCGGCUCUGGGCACGCCAGGCCUGACGCGCGGGCAGCCGGAGCCGCCAGGUUGGGGGGUCCCCAGCCAGGCGGGCAGCUCCCCCCCCCCCCAGUUCCAGCGAUGAGCGGCUCUUUCGACAAGAAGCUUUCCAGCAUCCUCACCGACCUCUCGGGCUCGCUGAGUUGCCAUGCCGCCUCCAAGGACUCUCCUACCUUACCGGAGUCCUCCGUCACCGAUUUGGGCUACUACACCGGCCAGCACGACUACUACUCGGGCCAGUCCUACAGCCAGCCCGUGAGCCACUACCCUUACCACCAGUUCAACCUCAACGGCAUCGGCGCUGCCGGCACCUACUCGCCUAAAUCCGACUAUUCCUACAGCCCUUCCUACCGCCAGUACAGCCACUUCAGGGACCAGCAGCUCCCAGUACAAGAAGCAGUGUCGGUGAAGGAGGAGCCGGAGCCGGAGGUGCGGAUGGUCAAUGGAAAACCCAAGAAGAUCCGCAAGCCCCGCACCAUCUACUCCAGUUACCAGCUGGCGGCUCUGCAACGCCGAUUCCAGAAAGCCCAGUACCUGGCGCUGCCCGAACGGGCUGAACUGGCCGCCCAGCUGGGGCUCACCCAGACCCAGGUGAAGAUCUGGUUCCAGAACCGCCGCUCCAAGUUCAAGAAGCUGUACAAGAACGGCGAGGUGCCGCUGGAGCACAGCCCCAACAACAGCGACUCCAUGGCCUGCAACUCCCCGCCUUCCCCGGCCGUCUGGGACAGUAACUCGCACGGCAGCGCGCCGGGCCGGACCUCGCUCCCGCAGCCGCUUCCCUACAGCUCUUCCCCCGGCUUUUUGGAGGAGCACAACCCCUGGUAUCACCCCCAGACCCUCAGCGGACCCCACGGACCCCACCAGCCGCCACCGGCCACCACGAUGCAUCACACCUCUCCGGGGCCUCCCCCCAACACCGGUGCCGUCUACUAACAGCCCGGAGCGAGAAAAGGAACGAGAGACAGUGGCAGAACUCCUUUGCCUCCUUUUUUUUCCCCCUACUUUUUGGGUUUUCUUCUUUUUUUUUUUUUUUUUUUU